GAAAAAUCGUGGGUCGCGUCGCUUCCACUGUUAAACCGACGUAAACUUCCUAUCCGGAAACUUCAACUUGUUAACGUGAAGGUUGGCCAAGAGAAUAGCGAAUUCGCCCAGGACGGGAAAACACUACGACACUUUGUUCGCUCUACUUUGGCAUUCAAACGGGCGAUUGACGAUUUCUUACGAUACGAUAACUUAUAUCACUCGGAUUCAUCGCUGCCCCAGCACCCUCUGAGCGUGCUCGGCGGGCGGCCGACUCGCGCCCUCGCAAAUUGAUCCCGACGAUACAGUCCUCGCCCGCCAAUGACGUGGUCUGACCUGUAAAAGGUUUUGGCCUUUCGCUAAAGGAGGCGACACUUGCAGCAACCAUGGCAUUUAACUUUGGAGGCGCUGGGAAUGCCCUGAUGGGCGGUACCGCCGGCGGCGGCGUGGGAGGGCUGGUGCAAGGCAAGGAUCUUGAAGUCAUUCAAACAGAGGGACUCGGGUUUCUCUCGAUCGCUGGCGACGCUAAAGUCCAGCUGACCUCGAAGUGGUCGCCCGCGCCUGCGCCCAGAGCAUCCCUUCUGAGUAUCGCCUCCCGCAAAGGCCUUGUCGCUGCUGCUGGCCCCGAUGCCGUCCACCUCGCCACGACAGAGUCUGUGCGGAAGGCCUUCGAAGGGGAAAAGAAUGGCGACAGUGAAGUGCGGCCGUUCAACCCCCAGGCCAAGGUGCCGCUCCCGAUUCGGAUCUCGCAGCUCGCCUUCACCGCCGAUGAACAAUACCUCAUCCUGUCGGCCGAAACAGGCGGCGGCCUCGCAGUCUACGAAGUGCAAGCACUCAUUCAGGGGGGGACCCAGUCUGCGUUCGAGCUGAGCACGAACGGCGAGACUCUCCGGGCUUUAGUCCCCAAUCCGAUGCCCGAAUCCGCUAAUCUCUGUGCCAUCGUCACAAACAAUGGCAGCCUCUUCAUGGCCAACUUGGCCGAGCGCAAGCUGGUGUCAGGCCCCAGUGGACCAGCCCUGCGCACCCAGGUUAGCUGCGCGGCGUGGAGCACAAAGGGCAAGCAGCUGGUAGCCGGCAUGGCAGAUGGGUCCAUCUACCAGAUGACGGCAGACGGUGUAGAGAAGGGCCAUAUCCCAAAGCCGCCAAACCUCGGCGACUAUCACGUUGCUUCGGUUGCCUGGCUCGAGAACCACGUGUUCCUUGCGAUCCACAACCCGACGAGCGGUCAGGAGCCGUCCGUUUUCCAUAUCAUUACGCGGCAACAGCCCCUUAGCGGCUCGCCCACCUUUACCUUUCAGAAACUCACUGACCCGGUCGAGCCGUUUAUGUCUGAGAAGGUUCCGCAUCACUCGAUACUGCGGCUCAAAGACUUCCCUCCGAACCUACAGGACCUCCUCUUUGUCUCGUCCACCGCGAACGAGAGCGUGGGCUUGUUGUCGCGGUCGAAGACACCCUUGGCUAGCGACAAACCCGCCGAAGCCAUCACAAACGUCUUCACAACCACGGAACUGGCCGACGAUUCUAAGCGAGCGCAGCUGCCGAUGAGCGAGGAUCUGAACGAGACUUACCCGAUUGGAGCCGCACUUGACUUGUCCAGCAAGGACAAGGUAUAUAAGCCGAUCCCCGCUGACGAGAUGGAGUACUCCCCGGGGCCUUUGCCUGGUUUGUGGCUGCUGAAUAACGAGGGCGUCUUGGCUGCAUGGUGGUUCGUCUACAAUGAGUCCAUCCGGUCAGGAACGACAUACCCCGGAAUUGCUUCCGGAGAUGCUGUGGCCCCGGCCUUCGCGGCGGCAGCACCGGCUCCGCCCGCUCCUUCGGCUUUCGGAACGCCUCUUAGCAAAGCCCCUGCAUUCGGUUCCCCGUCCACUUCCACGCCCGCUUUCGGGGGGCCGUCGACCCUGGGAGCCAAAGCAUCUCCCUGGUCGGCAGCCGCAAGUCCGGCAACCGCUCCAGCGUUUGGUUCUAGUCCGUUUGGUGCCAAACCAGCGACGGCCGCCCCAACGGCUCCAGCUUUUGGCGGAUCCGCUUUCGGGGCCAAGCCAGCAGCACCCGCCUUUGGCCAAUCGUCGGCAUUGGGACUCGGGGCCAAGGUAUCUCCGUGGGCAUCGGGGUCUACUGCUGCUGCGACGCCGGCGUUCGGCCAGUCUGGGUUUUCCAGCUCUCCGGCGAGCUCUGGGAAGAUCUUCGGCAGCGGUACUACCGCCGCACCCGCCGCGGGUGGGUUCGCGAGCUUUGCCAGCAAGGGGGGAUUUGCGGCUCUUGGCGGUGCUUCUGGUGGGACCAGUAUAUUCGGUUCCAAGCCUGGCGGUCCCUUACAAUCCAGUGCACCCGAGGUCUCCAUGGACACCGACACGGCGUUCCCUCCUCCGACUGUGAAAACGGACAAGCCCGCGCUGGGAUCCUCGCCCUUCGUCCUGGGUACGACGUUCAAGGCAGAUCCAUCUACGGCGCACGAUAACGAGAAGCCGAAGGAAGAAAAAGGCAAACCCUUAUUCGGGAGCGCUUUUGGCGGCUUGUUGGAUGAAGCGUCCAAGCAGCCAGUCGCUCCUCCAUCCAAAGACGAGGACAUGGUGAGCACCACCCCACCUCCGGUGCAGGCGGCGCCCAAGUCGAUCUUCAACCAAGAGUCGACGACUCCGACGACCACACCAGCUCCUCAGAAGUUCGACUUCAAGAGCGUAGCCCCCUCUGGGGGCACCAAUUUAUUCGGUUCCAAACCUGCUGCCGGAGGCGUCUCCAGUAUCUUCGGGGCCGCAAAGCCUGCUACAACCGGGCUAUUCGGGUCCAAGCCGGCGACCUCGAUCUUUGGUACCCCGAAGGUUAAGCAAGAAACCGAGGCCAAGGCGGAUCUCUCCAAGGUUUCCGAAGCUCCUCUCCCGCCUGAUACCACAAAUUCCAAGCCGGUCGUCAAAGGAGAGGAAGCUCCACUGCCGCCGGAUUUUCUGAGCAAGCCUUCGAAGAAGGAGGAGCCAGCGGCGCUGAAGAAAUCCCAGGAACCGGCACCAGAAGCUGCGCCGUUGCCUCCGGAGCCCGUUUCAACUACACCCAAACCUGAAGCAAAGGAGACGAGGGCCCUGGUUGCCGAAGAAGCGCCCCUGCCUCCGGACUUCCUCGCAAAGCCGCCAUCGAAGCCAGCAGCCACUCUACCUGCUGUGCCUGACAGUGCUGGGGAGGAGGGCCUGUCUGAGGAAGAGGUCUCGGAGGGGGAGGAAGAAGAGGAAGAAGAGGGUGAGGAGGCUGAGGAGGGUGAGGAGGGUGAAUACGAGUCGGAAGUUGGCAGCGAAGGGAGCGGUGUCGACGUUGCCAAGGACCUCAGCCCGACAAUUGGCUUCGGCGGUCAAACCCCCGGCGUCACGCCCCAGAGCUCGUUUGGCGGCAUGGGAGGGAGCACAUUCUCCACCAUCUCUCGCACCGAGGCAGAACAGUCGCGGCCAUUAUUCGGUGAAAUCUCGAGAAAUGCGCCUCCCUUGUUUCCGAAGGCGGUGCCCGUCCCGCAGAGCCCUCGUUCGCCUAGCCCAGUCCGUGGCGCUCCGCGAAACGGCUUCCUCAGGCCUAAAGAGACAACGCGGUCUUUCAGUGCUCCCGGAGUGGCAUCGCAACUUCUGGGCAGGAAGGCGGCGCCUGUGCCCUCGUCGCUGAAAUUUAGUACCGGCCAGCGGCCUCCUGUGGACCCGAACGUGCAGGCGCAGCGCAAGCUCGCCGAGAAGAUACGGGCGGAAGAACACGUGCUGGUUGACCCAGAAGAUGAAGGAAUCCAGCAGAUUCUGCAGUCGGAACUCGAGCCGACCUUGCAGAUGCACGAGUUUCUUGCUGUCGAUUCGAAGCUAGAGAUGCUGCGGACAGCUGGUCAAGAAGUGCCGAGCGCGUGCGAGACCCUCUGGCGAGACGUCAACCGCAUGAUUGACAGGCUGGGUCUCAACUCGCGGUCGCUGCAGUCCUUCAUCCUUGGCCAUGAGACACAGUUCAAGGAGGGUGGUCGGCACAAAGAGGACCUCGAGAACGCAGACGACUGGGUGCUGAUCGAGGCCAGGGAGCUUGGGGCCGUAGUAGAGGGCGAGCUAGCGCAGAGCCUACAAAAGGGCCGUAUCCAAGAUGUCGAGGCCGCCGAGGCUUCCAUCAAGAGCCUGGCCAAAGACCUCGCCAAACUCCGCGCAAAGGAGGAAGACAUCCGCAAGACAAUCGCGUCACACGUCGACCCGGCCCAGCGCUCCGCCGCCAAAUCCCUACCCCUCAGCGCCGAGCAGGCAACGCAGCAGAACGAGCUCCGCCGCUCCUACGCCGCCUUCUCCAAGCUCCUCGCCGAAACCGAGGAGGCCCUCACGCUGCUCAAAGCCCGGCUCGCCUCGGCCGGCGCCGCCGCCGGCAAGACCCCCGCCCCGACCGUCGAUGCCAUCAUCCGCACCAUCAACAAGAUGACCACCAUGGCCGAGAAGCGCAGCGGGGACAUCGACGUGCUCGAGGCCCAGAUGCGUAGGCUGCGUCUGGGCUCAGCCGGCCCGCCCAACACGCCUGGCGGCGGCGGCGCGUCGCGGAGUCGCGAGGCAUCGCCCUUUGUCACCCCCCAGCAUCGGAGGUCGGCGCUCAUAUCGCCUGAGCGGGGGAGCGGCAGCGGUGGUGGUGCGUUGAGAGAGUCGUUGGCCAGCUCCGGAGCGUCGUAUGCGGGGCGGAGCGGCGGCGGCACGCCGUCGCCGAGGAAGAAAGUGAGCAUGUAUAGCGAGGAGGAGAAGAGGGAGCUCAGGGCGAGAGAAGCGAGGCGGAAAGCGGUGCUGGGCAUGUUGAGGGCGAGCUUGGCAAAGGCCGGGCCGAAUGUCUCGCGGUUGCGGGACGAUGAUUGAGAGGGUGUGAAUCCAGGGGCUUUUCUCCCCCCUGGCGGAGAUGAGGGGAAUAAGCAACGGAGACGGUCAGGCAGACAGACAGGAGGGAAGGGCGUGGCAGGAACUGGUGCACGUUGAGUUGGCAAGACUGGAUUGGAGAUGGAUAACCCUGUAUUAUCUCGGGCUUAAUGGCAUUCGUCCUUAAUUCAGUUCCCGCUCACCGCGAUGCUGGUGCUGCAUGAUAAUCACAGGUCGACGGACAACCUUGGUCUAGCACUGCGAGUUUUCGUUCGGAUGCUUGAGUACAUCCGUAGACCAAGCCCAGUGC